ACUUCAUCAUAGACUCAAUCAACCAUUAUCACCUGACUAGCUACUUUUUUUUUUUAUCACAUCCACCGAAGCCAUGGAGCAAACGCCUCUUGUGGCUUCAAUACUCAAUGCAACUUUGUUGGUUGUUGCAAUAUUAGCUCUUAUCCAAGGAGCACAUGGAAUUGGAAUUGGUGUUAAUUAUGGCACAGUAGCAAACAACCUUCCUCCACCAGCCAUGGUUGCAAAAUUCCUAUCAAAAUCCACCACAAUAAAAAAAGUGAGACUCUUCGACGCGAACCCUGAAAUUCUACGCGCAUUUGGCAACACCGGCAUAGAGGUAACCAUAACCGUCCCCAACGACCAAAUCCCCGACAUCACAAACUUAACCUACGCACAACAAUGGGUCAAAACCAACGUCCAACCCUUCAUCCCCGCGACCAAACUAAUCCGAAUCCUCGUAGGCAACGAAGUGUUGUCCACCGCCAACAAACUCCUCGUCAGCACCCUUGUACCCGCCAUGCAAACCCUCCACGUGGCCCUCGUGGCAGCAUCACUAGACGACAACAUUAAAAUCUCCACGCCACACUCGUUGGGCAUUUUGUCAAACUCAAGCCCACCCUCCGCCGCCAAAUUCAGACAAGGCUACGACACGCACGUGAUCAAACCAAUGCUUAACUUUCUCAAAGACGCAAAUGCACCAUUCAUGGUUAACCCUUACCCUUUCUUCGGAUGCACUUCCAGCAGCACCCUUGAUUAUGCACUCUUUCGAAGCAAUUCAGGUGUCUUUGUUGUUGAUGAUAACACGAAGCUCCGAUACACGAACAUGUUGGAUGCGCAACUUGACGCGGUUUAUUCGGCGUUGAAGGUUUUGGGCUUUGAGGAUGUUGAGAUUGUUAUUGCUGAAACGGGCUGGCCCUCGGUUUGUGACCCGGCCCAAGUUGGUGUUAACCCGAAGACUGCUUCUGAGUACAAUGGGAAUCUCAUUAGACACGUCACUUCUGGAGCUGGAACACCUCUUAUGCCGAAUAGGACUUUUGAUACCUACAUAUUUGCUUUAUUUGAUGAAAAUUUAAAGCCUGGCCCAAGUUGUGAGAGGAACUUUGGGCUUUUUUGGCCCAAUAUGACUCCUGUUUAUAACGUCCCCAUAAUAAUGAGGAACAAUGUAGCUGUCGUUGCUAAUAGUCAUUAUAAAGUGUUUUUGUCAAUCGUGAUUGUGUUAAGCUUGAUUUGUACAUGGGUUUAAAUUUGACAAUUGUUUUUGCACUUUCCUUUUCUAUUUAGGUACUCUUUGUAAUUUAAAAAAAACAUUAUUUUUUUCAUAAAUUAGUUUCAGAUUU